GCCUUUUCCUGCUACGGCCUGCAGACUUCACAGCGCCAUCUACUGGGCUGGAGACAACACGGCGGAGAGUAAGGCUCUGAUUUCAUGGAAGUUUUUUCAGUAUAUAUAGAUGUAAAAUCAACAUUAUACUGAUGAAGAUAUGAUGACAAUAGUAUAUAAUUCACUUCCAUCCUCGUAAACAUUUCUGACUGAGUUGUGUUUGAAUGCUUUUUCAUUUGAGACCAGUUAAAGGUAUGCUUUCCCAAAAAAUUUCUGCCCUUACCCCAACCAUACCUAAUGGGCCAAGACACAUAUGUUGUUUAAAAUUUGCUUCCUUAGUUUUGAACUGGAGUUGCAAUGUAUAUGUCACCCAAAGUGAUUUUCAUUAGUUUUCAGCUUCAUUAGCCUCGUACCACAGGUGCAAAACUAAAGAAGCAAACACCAGACACCAUAUUUUGGCUGAUCAACUAUAUCCUGAUUAAAGGAAUAAUUGUGUAAAUUUGUUUUUUUGGUGAACUAUUCCUUUGACUAUUUCCGAGGUCGUUUUAAAGCUCUGUGCUAUAAGAGUGGGGGUGGGCGUCUCUGUCAUGUCUGUAAACCUUGUUAGUGGUUGUAAGGUUGUCAUGCAGUGGAAAACUGGACUUCCACUUUCCACAUGAACAGUAGCAGAAGUUUUACAACUCAGAGGUGGAAAGUGGAAUUGGGAAAGUGUCCGUGGUGUUUGUCACUCAUUUAAAUGGGCUGAGAUUAUUAUCCACAGACAAGGCAUUUGUUUUGCCUGGACUCAAUGCAUUCUUGCAGUAAUAGCUAUGCUGCUGCAUUUCCCCAACUGCGCACCAUUUGUGAAAAGCAACAUUGUUGCUGGAGACAGGGCUGGCGUUACAGGCCGUGUUGUGACAGUCACCGUGUGGCUGUUUUCCUCCGGAAUGUGUGCCUUUUCUCCGUGGCUCGCCUCACUGAGAACAUGGUCGUGAUGGGGCUGUCGUGGCUGCUGACACUGGAGCUUGUACUGCACGCAGGCUGCUUCAUCUGCGGCAUAAUCACCGCUGCCUCGCUCACCUUCACGCAGGGCCACUUUGCUGGACAGUGCAUCCUCUAUGGCAGUGUCCACUACAACACAUCUAGCAAUUCCCUGAUACUAGAAAACUCCAGUUCUACCUCGCUCUGCUACUUUGUCUCAGCCAUCUCAGUGUGCAUGGCUAUUUACUGCAUCUCCCUGAUUCUCUACUGGAUCUACUCAAGCUGUGUGGAGGAUGAAGUGAAAAGGGGAAGUGUGUUGCUGAACGUGUCUCUGGGGAUCUGUGGACUCCUGCUGUUUUUCCUCUUGGUGUCAGGCUGUGUUCUGAGAAUCGGGAGAGACAGCCUGUGUCUCUCUGUCCUCCACAAUGUUCCAUCCAUUAGCAAUUGUGAGGAAGCACAGAAUAAGACGUGGGCCAGUCCCAACACAGGAAACCAGUUUUACACAGGACUGUACAGUGCUGAGAGGUCUGUGUGGGUGAGCUUCUUCUUCUGGAUGCUAAUCAUGGCAGUGGUGGUGGUGCAGAGACGGCAGGCUGCGGGCGAGGACGCUGAAUGGAGUCGUGCGGAGACUGAACCCUUCUUCCAUCGCCCGUCUCGCACCCUCUGAAACCACCUCACAGCCACACUGUAUCAUCUGCCACAUAUCAUCGCAGACUGACAAGACGUCUGUCGGAUGCUGUGAUCAGUGAGGUGGCAAUUUCCAGUCACUCCACGUUCAUCUGAACAUAAAAUAAGGUUUUUCUGGGAAGCUAUUUUGAAAGCUAUAAUAAUGAAGUGGUGAGUGCACUGUGAUCAAUAACUUUCCCAGCUGUAAACAGUAUUUGUAGAAAGACAUGUUUUACGGCCACAACACAGACAUGCCCAAAUGCAGCACAAUGGCCAUGUCAGAUUGAUCUUACACUGAAAAUAUGAAAUAUGAGCUAAAAUUACUCAAAGAAAAACAAAUGUUAUAAGAAAAUAAACAUCUUGCUCAUAAAUACUUCUUCAAUAUGAAUGUGAGUAAAAUGUACAUAUUUCCCCAUUAUUAUUUGAACCUUUUUUAAGCACACAGGACACUGUAUGAUCUCUACCGAGGUGGUUUGGUUUACAAAGACUGAAGAUCAUGCCCCUAUUGUGAAGUAUGGUGGUGGAUCAGUGAUGUUAUUGGUCUGCUAAACUUCCAAAUGCCCAGUGAAAAGUCAGAACCUGACUGCCUCUGCCAGGAAGCAAAGAAUGGGCCGUGGCUGGACAAUGAGCCAAAGCAUAAUUUCAGAUUCACACAAAACUGGUUCACUAGCCAAAGAAACAAGCUUUCAGUGGCCAUAUCUGGACUUUGAAAUGAAAGUCUACAAGUGAGAACCAAAACCUGAAAAUCUAGAUAUGUUGUGGUCUUUUGCGUUCUCCCAUAUCAAACAGCAUUACUAGUGAAGACUUAGUGUUAUCCUGACAAAGGGUGAGUGUACAAAGUAAAUGCAGUGGUGCCAAUAAUUUUAACCUUGUUUGAGGGGGAAAAACAUUUAUUUUUAAAAAUAUGAAUAUUUUUUCUUUUAACAUUUUAAUUAACUAAAAGAUUGGAUUGCUCCUGUUUCCAGAGUAGGAUCAAACUGAAAACACUUUACCAAGGGUGCUAAUAAUUCUGGAGAGCUGUACAUGCUCAAGAAGUGUUCUUCCCAUAAAGAAAGUAAUAUAAUUAUAGUUGAGCCACUCCAACAAAACAACAUAUAUUAAUU